CAAACAGUGUAAGUGAUGGUAUCAAUAAAUCGCCUGAUCAAAUUGCAUACUGCGACGAACAUGGAAAUUACCCUAACGUUGACGCUACUUAUGCUACUAGCAGCUUCAAGUCACGCGCAGCUGCUCUGUUUCCAUUGUGAUGACUGUGAAAGCGGUACUGUUGCAGUGGAGGCCUGCAAUUUCAAUGACCCUGUUCAAACCACGAACGCACCGAUUGAAACUACCACAGUAAACACUCCAACAGGAGAUCCAGUAUCUACGACAUCUCCAGCUUUGGAUACAACUACGUUGAUCCCCGAUACCACAACAUCGGGCGAUCCAAUUUUGACACCACCAACAAUACCAACUUGGACACCAACUCAGGGCAGUAGCUUGGCCACACCCCCGAUCACACCACAAUGGGGUUUCGAAUCGCACAGUGGUCGCUUGAUAAUUCCACUUCCACCCCAGGACCAGACACCAUAUGUUUGUUCGAUGGUGAAAUUUGUUGAUGGUCAACGUGAGGUUGUGCGGAGAGGUUGCGCCCGCCUAGGACAAAACACAGAACAAACCUGUAGCGGUCUCUCUGGCAGCUCCCAUCACACUCGGUGUACCGUUUGUAUGACCCACCUUUGCAACAACGGAGUGUAAUAGAACCGUCUACGAUCAAAGUUUUUUUAUAUUUAUUUAUCUAAUCAUCUUUUUACGCCGGUCUCUUUUCAUAUGCUCGAAAUAAGACAAAAUAUUUCCUGUUUGUCCUGUUUAACCAUACGGGAAUAACUUGCAAAAUUUAGCAUAAAUUCACAACGAAGUUCCAUUUUUUUAGUACAUAUAUCGAAUGUCACCAUUACUAAUCGCAAACAAAACCCUUCGAUACGCUUAGUAGAUUGCAUUGCUGAUAAUGAUGUUCAACUCUUCAGAUAACUUUGGCAUAUUUAUUCCAAUUAGUAAGCCUAACAUGUACAACAAAGUUUUGAUAAACAAUAGCUUAAUAUUCCUCGAUCAAUCGAAUUCAUCGACAGUAAAUGUUACUCGCUAUAAUUAUCAGACUGAACUUGUGGUCGUGUGAUUAUUACACGGUUAUUUUGUAUAGAAAAAAUGUCAGACAUAUCGCUUGAUAUGGUUGAAAAUAAUUCCGACUCGAUAACACAAGGAAACACCCAUUGAAACCAAUAAAAUUAAAUUAAUUGUUCUAGCUUCCAUGUGGUGUGGUGUGAUUUGCGAAGAAAAAAGCAAAAAAAAAACAAUGAUUAAUGGAAUCAUCAUCGUAACCCACCCAAUGAUAAGCAAAAACACAGACAUAAAAUAUAUGGUAUCUAGCAGGUGCAGUCAUGUCAAUACGCGCACUGAAAAACUACGCUCACAUAUCCCAACGGAUCUUUAGUAGUUAAUUUAUAUUACAAAUGUAUUUUAAUAUAUUAUUAAUAUUAAGCACGGCAUAAAGGUACGUUACUGAAGAAACGACUUGUGUCCACUAAAUCAAUCUAAAGAAAAGAGAGUAAACUCUAUUUAACAACUAGUCAAUUUAUCUCCGUGUUUCGGCAUGUUUUCAAGUUCAGCGCGAGUUAUAUUUUGACUUUCAAAAUAGCCACUUUAAACCUGAAGAAAGCAUUUGUGGAGAGUACUGUUUUAUUUGUUUAUAUCUUGUAUACUAGUACAGAUUUUUCGAAAUUUAUUGGUACAGAUUCUGUACGGUACAGAUUACAGAAUUUUGUUAAAAAGUACAGAAUGGUACAGAUUUUUAGAGCUAAAAUCGUGACACGAAAUUUAUGUUUGACAUUUCCACAUUUUGACAUCCAUAUUGAGAAAGUGUGUACAGAACAUACUAAAGAUAUCAGUGACUCAGCUUAGUUGGAAUAAACGAAAAAAUACAAGACAAGAAUAUACUUUAGGCAGAGAGAAUUAUCGCAGAAGAAUUUACAAUCCGGAUGAAAGAUAAACAGAGCUGUUGGAUUAUUA